UGAAGAGAAGGAGAAGAAGAAAGAAUGGAGUCUAAGCCAAACACUGUCUUCUCCAUUGGGAGAAAUAGUUCUGAGUUUCCAGGCAAAUAACUGAAAUACCCUUUUGAAUAAACUAGCCAACUGAAAAGGAGAUUAAAAUGGUGCUUUUUCCAUCUCUUCUUGAUGGAUUGGCAAGAAGCGUAUCAACCAAGAAAAGGAGGAACUCUAUUGGGGAUGAUGUGGGAAGAGGUGCUGCAGAAACAAUGGCCAAAGAUGCCAAAAGGAAUGAGUUAUUAUUGACUUCUUCAGGCAUUCUCAAGUCCAACAAGUCUAAUAAUUUUGCCUCUGUUUCUUCCAAGAAAGGCCAGAAAGGAACCAACCAGGAUUCUACCAUUGUAUGGGAGGAAUUCGGAGGUCAAGAAGAUAUGAUAUUUUGUGGGAUCUUUGAUGGGCAUGGUCCUUGGGGUCAUAUUAUAGCCAAGAAGGUUAGGAACUCAGUGCCUCCAUCUUUGCUAUGCAAUUGGCAAGAAACUGUUGCUUCCUCAUCAACCAGCUUGGAUUUGGAGUACAACAACCCUUCUGAUCAAUAUGACAUAUGGAAGCAAUCUUACUUGAAAACUUAUGCUGCCGUAGAUGAAGAGCUUAAGCACCAUCCCACCAUUGAUUCUUUUUGUAGCGGCACAACAGCUUUAACAGUUGUUAAACAGGGUGAAAACCUUAUGGUUGCAAAUGCUGGGGAUUCCCGGGCUGUAUUGGCAGUGAGUGCUGAUGAUGGUAAAAGUUUGGUGGCCCUUCAGCUGACUGUUGAUUUCAAGCCUAGUUUACCUGAAGAGGCAGAGAGAAUCAAAGAGUCAAAAGGUCAAGUGUUGUGUUUAGAAGAUGAACCAGGAGUUUACAGAGUAUGGAGACCAAAUGGUAAAAGCCCAGGACUGGCUCUGUCAAGAGCUUUAGGUGAUUACUGUGUCAAAGAAUUUGGACUCAUCUCUGUCCCUCAUGUUACUGACACUCAGAUCACCAACAGACACCAAUUUCUGAUCCUGGCUACUGAUGGAGUGUGGGAUGUGAUUUCAAACCAAGAAGCAGUAGAGAUAGUUUCUGCAACGAGAGAGAGGGAAAAAUCGGCAAAGAAACUGGUGGAAAGUGCAGCUCAGGCAUGGAAAUAUAACAAGAGAGGGAUUGCAAUGGAUGAUAUGUCUGCUAUCUGCCUCUUCUUUCAUCCUCCACCUUCCCAUCACCCUCUCCACUUUUCAAAACCCAACCCAGCUUAAUCAUCAUAUAUACAUAUAUAUAU